AUGAUUGACGCUUCAGAUAACAGUCCGCACCAAAUGGUAGUUUUAUGAGAGGAUGUGAAAAAGUCUCUGCAACAUUUUCCACUCAGCGAAGCCAUGGCAAGGGGCCAAAAUGCCAGCCAGGAGCUCAGUGAGGUGCUGAACCAGCUCUGGUCCCUGGAUACCAACCGUCUAAGACCAGGGACAGAUUAUAUUAUUUCCCUCCAGGGCAGAGCAGGAUAUGUGGCUCAGGGCAGUAACUAUGCCAGAGACAAAGCUAGGGCUCCUCUCUUUUCAUAUGUCAACGAGGACAAACUCAAGCAUAUUGAGACGUAUGCUCACUUCAUCAACCUGCUGGACAACUAUGAGAUGUCCACAGCUGAAUCAGAGACAGUCACUUCAGAGGAACUUCAGGAGAACAGGCUCUUUCUUGACGCCAUAUUGGAGACAGAUGUCAUGAAGUUCGCUCACAAGUACCUGAUGAGAAAAGGGCAGUCACCAUCAGACCCAGGGCAGUUCAAGAGACAGCUGUAUGACAUCUGGUUCCGUCUGUACGACAGAGACAGAGGCGGAGAUCAGGAUUCCUGUGGGUUUGAACAUGUGUUUGUUGGAGAAACCAAACAUGGCCAGGAGAUCAUGGGUCUUCACAACUGGGUCCAGUUCUACCUUCAGGAGAAACAUGAUCAUAUUGACUAUAAAGGCUACAAAGCAAGAGACAACAAGGAUACACCUGAUGAAGAUGACCAUGUCCUGAACCUGCAGUUCAGUUGGAAGGGCUUGGUGAAACCAGUCGGUGGCACUUUCAUCGGUGUAAGUCCGGAGUUUGAAGUAGCUCUCUUCACCAUCAUCUUCCUCAUGUCAACUGAGAAGAUGACGUCUGUGGUGGUGAAGGUGGAUGAGUACGUGUUGGAGCUGGUCGUCUAUCGUCAUGGUCGAUCCAUUGGCACGUCAUUUCCCAAACUGCUCAGCAGCAACAACAGGGAUUUGUAAUUUUAACACUUUCUAUCAGCUUUGGAAGUAUUUACUUAAGCCUUUAAUAAACUUUUACACCAUGAACACUGUAUAAAUCUGUAACAAGCUUAUUUUACACUAAACAGACUUGCAUUUAGUUAGUUGAUCAGGAUCAUUACAAUGGAAAUUUAAAUUAUUAAUCACACAUAACCAUUUCAGUCUAUAAUUGUGAAAUAAAUACUUUUUUUUCUUUCUUUCUUUUGGCCUGAUAUUCACCACACAGAAAUAAAAGUUCAGUAAGCAAUAGUACUGACAGACUACAGAAAUUCUGGCUUUUACCUUUGCACAGUUUGAUAAAUUAAAACUUAACAAUCUGAA